AUGCCCGCAAAGGACCCAGUAAAACUUCAUGUUUGGUUCACCGAGAAUAACUUUGACAAGUACGUGUCAUUCUCAAGAUCUUUGGGAAAGUGGACUCACACCACCCUCGUCUUUAACGACCUAGUUUCGGUUAAGCUCAAGUUUGUUACUGCACAACUGAGGUCUGAUAAUGUCGUUUUCACAGGCACCCCAGUUCCUAGCCUAGCUGAGGACCGCAGCUCAUCUAAGUCUAAGAAGAUUCUUUUCGAGAGUGUCUCAGUGAAUAAACAUUUCUUCGUGGACCAACCCGAGAAAGAUCACUACUUCUACUUACCCCUCGAUAACUUCAAGCUAUCAAAUGUUUCAUACGGUAAACAUUGCUUCUUCAAAAACGCUGACCCCCAAACCGACGCAGCAAACACAAAGAAGGUUCUUGGAGUCUAUUUGACUGUGGAAAACAACAAGACAAACUUUUACGGGAAGGUUAGUAGGUUAACCGUUUUGUUCGAGGAUUUGAUGGCCAAUGUUCACAGCCAUGCCUGGGUUAGAGAUCCCACAAAUAAAUGGUCCAGAGUCUCACUCACCGACAAGGAGGUUUCUGCCCUUAAAGACCUCCUGAAGGAAACUAAGUCAAACCUUUCCAAAAGGGGCAAACUUGACACCACUGUCAAGUUCUUCUCCAACUUCCUUUCACAAACAGAAAAGGAACAAGGUGCCAGGACAGGCCUAAAGUUAUCUGGAAGAGUUUUGGUUCCAGACACAUCUCCCGUAUUCUUCAACUAUGACCUGCUCACUGAUGAAAUGGACAUAUAUGUCUCCUCUCACAAAACCCUAUUUUACUCAUCUGUGAAAGAUGACACUUUUAACAGCUUCAAGCUCCUGGUGGUUAAGGAGGGGUACGAGGCAACGGUUCUUAAAACCUCUGACCGCGUCCUCUACAGCGCCUCAACCGAUGAAAAACGCAGGAACAAAGUUUAUGGUGAUAGGAUUGUGGCUGUGUACAUGACACCAGCCACUAAACCGGACUCAUUAUGCUUGUACCUAUCCGACAGAUUAGGAGUCAAAAAGUUAGUGUCUUUCCGCAAACAAUUAGACCAAUCUAAGGGAUCUGAUGAGUGGUUUGAAUCUCCUUUGUCCUCGAGCUAUGCGAACCUUCUCAAGUUUAAGUUUGACCAGGCCGUUUCUCACAGCACAUCCUUGAGGCUCGAGUGUUACGAUUAUACUACAGGAUUCUUCUUUGGGGACAAUAUGAUUCCUAAUAAACAAUUAACUCGUUCAGAGUACUUCGUUAGCACUGAUUCUGAGGUUAGGAACACACCUUUCAGGGGCUUUUACUCAAUAUUUAAUGAGAGCGAUGAUUCCACAAUACUUAUACCCUUAAACAAUAAUAAGCUCUCCCACAUUAAGUGUGGCACCGAAACACUAUUCUCACUCUCGUCUCAAUUCCACACUGUAAGAGCUCUCAUGAUAACCCCAAAACUCAAUCCAGACACCGUAAUUGUCUACUACAACGACGAUGAAAAUAAUGAUUAUUACACAAGCUUUACCAAACUAGUUCCUAGAACACCAGCUGCACCACCCAACCCAACUAGUUCAGUCGAGUCAACUGCUCAGAAGCUGUUUGUCAACCCCAACAAGCUCUGGCAGGAAAGGCAACUGAUGUUCUUUUCAAGCCUUGGAACUAUAAAGAAGAUACACUCAACUCUGGAGACGUUUGCGACAAAUAACCCUGCUCUGGUAAGUUCCACCCCUACAGGAAUGAAUGAUUCCAGCAAGUACAAUUUGACCUUAACUCUGACAGGUGUGUACACACCCGAAGACGGACCGGCCAAGGAGUUUGUUUUCUUCUAUGAUCCCAAUCACAAGGGAAGUGCCUACGUCUUUGACGACGAGCGCGUUGUGGAGCACAAAAACGUAUUUGAUUUAGUUUUCAAAAACUCUCAGUAUAUGAGUUAUCUCUACGUCAAGUCUAAUCCUUCUUACGCAGUCAAGUCUCUAAUGAUGGAUUCCCAGGUCCUCAUGGAUUUUGAAGGAAGUUCUGAGUUCGACUCACUAACUCUCACUUCGCCCCUAAAUCCAAGCGUACUGCUUCUAACAACCAUGGACUCCAGCUCCUCAAUGCACUACUACUUUGCUAAGAAGGACGACAAAUGGCAGACAAUGGGCCUGGAUAUGGCGAAGUACCUGAAAAUGAAGGUUAUGCUACAUAACGCGUCAGAAGAAAUGAAAUUGUUGGACUCAUAUGUGAAGCCUGAAUCAGAUGUGAAACGUUCAAGUCCAGUGACAAUGCGCAAAUUUGACUUUAAUUUGUCCACCCAUGAAUCUUUCAGUGAAGAAUACACUCUCAAAAAAGGUUCGCUUAGUGGUUACGAGUUUAUGGUGGGAAGAACCAGACAAAACACAAAUGUUGGCAAGAUAUUGGACUCGAACUUGUUGGUGUGGAACAACUUUGACAAUGCCAGAGUCGUUAGGUUCGGCUUCUCCCCGCCAAAGGACCCAAGCUUGUUGUGCGUUGGAUACAUCCUUGAUGACAAGGAGGUCUUUGACUUCUUCCACAAAACCGGCGGUGAAUGGCAUGAGUACUACACCAUGAAGAAUGUUCCAAGUCUUUUGACCCACAUUUCCGGCCUUAACCUCUCAAGUUUUGUCCUUGAUCUCUCUGCAGUUGAUAAGGACUCAGAACACUUCAAGCUAAGGACGCACUACUACAACGGCGUUUCGAUUGUUUCUGGCUUUGUUUCACCCCAUUCUACACUCACUUCAGUGGUUGACAAUGGUCAAGAUGUGUUGUCAAAGUCAAAGCUGGUUGGUAUUAAGGUCCAUACAUUUGUGUAUUCCCAAUCCGAAAAUCCAACCUACUUUGGGUUUUACUUCACCGACAAAAACAAGAAACAAUAUGAGCUGUAUCACAAACAGGAACACACUUGGGUUCCAUACUUCGGAAUGAAUGAAGACGGCAGACUCUUGUUAAAAGAGCUGCUACAUGAAAAGGAUACCUUUGACCAGCUUAACCCAGAGAACCAGUUGUUUAACCCUGAUAACGAGUUCUAUUACAACAUAAGUGAUUCGAACAAUCUUAGUAACAAACACUAUGACGUUGAAAGGCAAACUACCAAACCUUUCGACUACGUGUUAGUUACAGUUCACAAAAACCAAAGGCUUAUGAAGGUCCUUGACAAUAACCUUACUGUAUGGACACCCAAGGAGACCGUGACUCAAGUCUUGAGUUUCAUGUACUACCCACCUGAUAAUCCAAUCUACUUUUCAAUUGCCUCCCGCACUUCAAGUGCCAGGGAAGUCCAAUUCGAGUACUAUUACAAGUCAGAGAACAAAUGGACUCCAUACACUGAUCCAAUGAACAUUCCACAAAUUCUCAAACUUCCACUAUACUCUGCUACAGAGUCACCUUCCACUACUUCACCUCCUAAACUAGUGUUUGAUUUAAGUCUCGACUUUUCUGCUGACUUUUACAAGUGCCUCUAUGACUACAACCUGACCCUGUACAAAGAUUUACUCUUUGAGACUUUUGUGCCAAAGUCUGGAGUUGAAGUGACUAAGGUAACGGACUCCUUCAAUGUUAUUUACCACAAGUUGUCGGAGGAGAAGAUUACCAGAAUAUCAUUUUACCCCAACAAUGAGCCAAAACUUUUACUUGUUGAUGUGAAAAAUUCACAUUCCCAUGGCACUCAAAAGCCAUUGACGAGAAAGUUUGUUCUGAACAAUUCUUGGGUUGUGAACGACGAAGAGUUUGACAAACGCGUGUUAUCGUACUCGAAGUCCGAACAAAAAGCUGUAUCAGUGGAUCUGAGUCAGUUGACAAAGGGAAACACUACUUUCGAAGAUUUCUUGGUGGUGAGGGAGAGUUUGAACAGCGCUUUUGAAACUUUGGUGGUAACCCCAAUCUUAGGUAAGAAAAUAGUUUCAAUUUUUGAUGGCCCUCAACCUGUUUGGUUAUCUCGUGAAGAAGCCCGUCUUGAUUCCUGCUACUUCUUCCCAGUUGACGCACCUGAGCUUCUCUCAGUUCUCUCCACAGACCUUGAUAUUAGAUAUUAUUCCAAGCUGAAUGAUAAGUGGUCUGAAGUUUCGUCUGUCGCUUUUGAAUACCUCUCCUCCUUUUACUCUGGAACUUCAAACACUAUUGAGCUGACCCACCUUUCCAAGUUCGAACCCGUUUUACCACUCGAAGACAGUUAUAUUAACCUCUAUGAUGGCUUUAAAUUACCAUCGAAGGAGAUCAAAACAAGGUAUGACUUUUUGAAAACUGGACUAAUCAAGUACGAUUCAAUACUAUUUGGCAUGGCCUCUAUUAAAUCUGAUGAAUCUGAAUCUGACAAAUCCCCUAGUUCAACCACUCCUCACGUUCUGGCUAUUACUUACUCCGGAGAGCCAUUAUUUAAGCUUAAUAAUGAUCAAAAGUUUUUAGAUUUAAUCUUUUACCCCUUGGAUAAGCCUUCAAUGUUCACUGUCACAUUCCUCCAGGGCGAUGAUACUCUCCAUAAGUUCUUCUUGAGAAGCGCAUCUGAGAAACACGAGUGUUUGCUUUUGAUCUUCGUUCCCGAAAGAGUGGGGAUGGGUUUACUCUAA